AUGGCAAGUUGGGGUUCCUGUAAAUGCGCACAGAUAAAUCGGCCCUGGUAUAUUCUGUGCAGAUUUCAAAGCGCUACACCAUAUAUAUCAUUACACCAAAUGACACAAAUCACGCCCAUAAAAGGCUUUACCAAUACUCCAGUGACGAAAGCUCUAUGUAUUUUUUCCACAUUAUCUGCAUUACUGAUUCUGAUCCUUCUGUUGAAGCCCUACGUGGUGCUUGCCGUUAACCCAUAUCUUGUGGAGUUCAGCCAGUAUUGGCGUGUGGCAACUUUCCAGCUUGCGGUUCGAAACGAGUCCGACUACAUGCUCAUCAUAUUGCUUUUCUUUCAUUUCAAAACGUUGGAGCGUUUUUUUGGAUCUAGAAAAUUUCUUUCCUUGGUGACGGUAUUUGCCUUGUAUAACGCGGUCCUUAUAUUCCUCAUUCUUACUGUGGGUCAGCUACUAGUCAUUGCAGUUUAUGCUUUGAUGAAAUGGGUUGUAUGGAGACUGCAGUUGGAGGUGGUAUAUUUCGAUACUAUAUUUAAUACUGUGUCGUCUGGUCCAAUGGGUAUUCUUUCGCUGUUGUACAUGUGCUAUGGCCACUAUAUCCCCACAUCCUAUCAUUUCAAAAUCCUUCUACGCAAGCCAAAUGAAGAUAAUUCAGCUGAAGAUGAAGGUGAUGCUCCCUCUGGAACCACUUUGACGUUGACAGACCAUUUUCAAGUGCAUGCUAUAUACACCAUUCUCAUGUUGAACAAUGGACUAGCGUCCUUCUUGCCAUGCCUUGUGGGCCUAAUCAUUGGUAGGCUAUACACGCAAGACCUUUUGGCUGGAUCUAAAAACUGGUCGGUGCCACCAUUUGUAUUCCGGGUCUUUGUCAACCCUCGCAAAUUCCCAUCUGACUCUUUUCCGUUCAUUGCGCCGCGUGCGUGGCUACCAGAGUGUGUCACAAGUGGUGGAAGAUUUGCCACAGUCAGAAGCAAGCCCAGAGGUCAGUGUGCAACCAGAAGAAGAGGAAUCAGAGGAAGCUAUAGAUGA